AUGAAUUUAUCACAAGAACAUGCAAUAAACCAAAAUUUACAUAAAAAUCAAAAAAAUGAAGAAAAGAUAGAAAAAAAAACAAUUAACAAAGAUGGUAGAGGUCAAAUGAAUUAUGAUGGUGAAGAAGGACAAGGAGAAAAAUCAAGAUUCCAAAAAAUGGUUGAAAAUGAAAAAAUUGAAGAACCACAACAAAAAGAUGAAAAUAUUCCAAAUACAGAUGUAAUAGAAAGAAAAGAAGUUGGUGUAAUUGAAAGAAUAAAUAGUGAAGAUGUACCAAUUUUAAUGACAGAUAAUGCUACAGAUUAUAAAGUUUUACAACACAAUCUUAAAAAAGGUAAAGUUUCAAAGAAAAGUAAAGAACAAAUUGAACAAAUCUCUAAACAAGAAGAAAAUGAUAUGUUGGAAUAUUUAAAAAAUUAUAAAUCAAAUGAAGAAUUUACAAUUCAAUUAGAAGAUUUAUUAAGUUUUGAAACUUAUUUUUCAAGAGAUGAAUUACAUUUAUUAUAUAGAGAAUUUAAAACAAUUUCAAAAAGUGGUAUGUUUAUGUCAAAAGAGGAUUUUAUAAGUAAAUUAACACCAUUCUCAAGAAAUGCUGAUUUAACAAUUUCAUUAAUGAAUGCAAUUGAUCGUAAUGGUGAUCAAAAAAUUGCAUUUCCAGAAUUUGUUCAAGCAUUAUCAAUAAUGUGUAGAGGUACUAAAAAAGAAAGAUUAAGAUUUACAUUUGAAAUUUGUGAUUUUAAUGGUGAUUCAUUAGUAUCAAGAGAUGAAGUUUAUUCAACAGUUAAAGCAAUUUCUGAUAUUUUUUCAAAGUUUGGAUAUUCAAAAGAUAAAUUUGGUGAUCCAUCAGAAGCUGUAGAUUCAAUAUUUUCAAGUGGUUUAACAACUAAUGGUAUUUAUUUACAUAAUAAAAAAGAAUUAACAUUAAAUGAAUUUUUAGAAAGAGGUGAAUUAAAUCCUGAUUUAUCAAAAUGUUUUGGAAUGUUUGAUUAUUUUUAUUUAAAAUUUAUUGGUCAAAUUGAUUUAUUAUUUAAAGAUAAAGAAAUUAAUAUGAAUGGUCAAUUAACAAAAAUUAAACCAAAAACAAUUUUUAAUUUUAAUAUUUCACAUAGAAGAACUUUAUCAUUAAGAGAUGGAUUUUUAAUUGUUUAUAAAAAAAAGAAAUUUAAACAUGAUGAAGAUAAACCUUCAAAAGUUAUAUUUUUACCUGGUUCAACUGUUAAAGUUGUAGUUGGUAGUCAACCAAGUAAAAAAAAGAAAUUUUUAAGUAAAAAAUUUCAUAAUUAUUAUGGAUUUAGAGUUACAAAAGGAAAUUAUAAUAGAUUUUUUUUAAUGGAAAAUAGAGAUGAAGCAUUAAAUUGGGUAAAUGCAAUUAGAUUUCAUUCUAGACAAGGAUUUAGAUUUCAAUCAUUUUCAAAAGUUAGAUCGAAUAUUAGUGUUGAAUGGUUUAUUAAUGGUUCAUCAUAUUAUAAUGAAUUAGCAGAAACAAUUAGAAGAGCAAAACAUGAAAUAUUUAUAACAGGUUGGUGGGUUAGUCCUUAUGUUUAUCUUCAAAGGGAUAAUGGUAUUGAAAAUAUGGAAAAAUCAAGAUUAGAUAGAAUUUUAACAGAGAAAGCCAAAGAAGGUGUAAAAGUUUAUGUAUUAAUGUGGAAUGAAACAAAUUUAGGUGUUCAAUUGGGUAGUAGACAUGCAAAGAAUUGGUUAGAAGGUUGUCAUUCAAAUAUUCAUGUAAUUAGACAUCCAAAACGUUAUCCACUCUCUUGGAGUCAUCAUCAAAAAAAUGCAAUUAUUGAUCAACAGAUUGCUUUUGUUGGUGGUAUAGAUAUUUGUUUGAUGAGAUAUGAAACUAGUAAAUUUCAAUUGACCGAUGAUCAAGGUAAAAGAUUCCCUGGAAAAGAUUAUGGUAAUUUAUUAGGUACUGUCAUUAGAACUGGUGAUCCUAAAAAAGAUCAAUUCAAUCGUAGAGAAUGUCCAAGAAUGCCAUGGCAUGAUGUUCAUACUAAAAUAGUUGGUCCAUCUGCAAAAGAUGUUGCAAGUAAUUUCAUUCAACGUUGGAAUCAUGCAAUCUAUGUUGAGAGAUCAAAUAGAUUUCAACCAAUUUUAGUUCCAAAGAAUUACACUGGUUUACCAUCUGAUGAUGCAAAACCUGAUAAAUGGAAAAAUCUUGUUUCUAAUAUUAGAAAAGGUUUCUCUCAUGUUUCUUAUGGUAGAGAAAAGCCAACUCAUUAUCAAAGAGCUGGUGAUAAUCCAAAAGUUAGAUCACAUACAAGACAAGGUGCUUUUGGUUUACAAUCUGAUCAAAUUGAUAAUAAAAUUGAUAAACAAAAAAAUAAUUCAACAAAUUCUGAAAAUUCUGAAAAUUCUUAUUCAGAAUUUGAUGAAGAAGAUGAAGAAGGUAAUCAAGAAGAAGAAGAUGAAGAUGAAUUUGAUGAAUUUGAAAAAGAUGAAAAUCAAAAACAAGAAAAUUCAAAAAUUCCAUUUAAUAAUAAACCAUCAGAUGCUGGUGGUUUAAAAUCAAAAAAUUAUAAAAAUAAUAAUAAUAAUAAUAUAAUUGAAUCAUUAAAAGAUGAAGAAAGUUUUGAAUUACCAGGUACACCAAAAAUUGAUUUAAAUAAUGAUAAAUUAUUAAAAUCAAUUUAUCAUUUAUCUUCAAAUAUGUCAGAAAAUAGUUGUGUUGUUCAAAUGGUUAGAUCAAUUUGUCCAUGGUCAGCAGGUACUGAUGUUGAAGAUUCAUGUUAUAAAGCUUAUUUAGGUUUAAUUAAAAAUGCUCAACAUUUUAUUUAUAUUCAAAAUUUAUUUUUUAUUUCAAGUUGUGGUUCAAAAUUACCAAAGAAUCGUAUAGCAUUAGCAAUUUUAAAUAGAGUUAGAAGAGCAAUAACUUUAAAAGAAAAGUUUAGAGUUAUUAUAAUGGUACCAAUUAGUCCAUCUGGUGAUCUUGCAUUAGCAUCCUCAAGAAUGAUUAUUGGUUGGACUAAUAGAACAAUAAGUCAAGGUGGUCAAUCAAUUUUAGAAUUAUUAAAAAAUGAAUUUCCUGAUGUUGAUUUAGAUCAAUAUAUUUCAUUCAAUUCAAUUAGACAAUGGGAAGCUAAUGGUGAUAGAAUUUUCACUGAACAAAUCUAUGUACAUAGUAAAGUUUUAAUAGUUGAUGAUCGUGUAGCUGUAAUUGGUAGUUGUAAUAUUAAUGAUAGAAGUAUGAUGGGUUCUCGUGAUUCAGAAUUGGCAGUAGUCGUUUCUGAUCAAAGUAAACUAUUAAUUACAAUGAAUGGUAAACCUUUUAAAGUUGGUAAAUUCCCUCAUACACUUAGAGUUGGUCUUUGGAAAACUCAUUUAAAUUUAACUGAUUCUGAAAUUUCAUCAAUAAUAGAUCCAAUAACUGAUAAUGCUUUUAUUAAUAUUUGGAGAAAAACUGCUAGAAAUAAUUCAAUCAUUUAUAAAGAAGUAUUUGGUGAUUGUAUUUUAGAAAAUCAAAGAAGACUUGGUAUUGUUCAAAAAAAAUAUAUUCCAAAAACAAAUGAAUUAAUUGUUCAAUUAUCACAAAUUCAAGGUGUUUUAAUUGAAUAUCCACUAGAUAUGUUUUGUGAAAGUAAUUUAUUUAAUGAACAAGUUGGAAUUUUUACUGCUGAAUCUUAUGUUGAUGUUUCAAUUUUUACUUAA